AUGUUCGCAGAUGCCAAAUCCGGAAGGUCGCUUUUCAUUACGAUGAAACGCUGUAAGCCUUCUACAUACUACUGCGCAAACGUAUAUACAUAUGUAGCACAUACUUUUUCGUGGCGUUCGUAGUUCAGUUACGCACACCCUUCUAUGAAUCUAAUCAUAUUUUUCGAAGACGACUAAGGGGAGUAUCCUCCCGGCCGUGUUCUAAAGUUCACCACUCGCAUGAAUUCAUAUAUAGCUUGUCUGUCGAAGUGCUCCCUGAAUGCGCAAGACGUUUUUCCCUUAAAUUUUCUGUAGGUAUGAGACAACUGUUAAAUGUUUACCAAUAUAAUUUUUGGGUCCCGGCAGGACAGCUGCCGGUGAUGGUGUGUACACGUGUAGUACUUCACAGCUGACCGGCUCGUCCCGAAUCAGUGUGUCUGUACUGAGAUUAACCUUUACAUGGAGAUGUGUCGGGAAUUUGUUGCGUUUCAUUGUCCGUUUUUAUGUGUGCGAGGAGCCGCGGCUGUAUUUACAUGUAGUCCGCCACGAUGUUCUUUGUGUGUACGCGCUUAUUGCUGAUUAGUUUCUAGCCAAUACUGGCCAAUCUCUUCGUAUCGGUAGCUGGCCUUUUAAUAUGGGAUCCGCGUUUUUCACAUCAUCUCCAAUUGUCGACUACAGUACUAGAACUGAAGCAGAAGCCUCGACUCGGUGUUUACUAUGUAAAAACUGCAGCAUCAGAGGUUGGGCAAUCCUCGGAAAUGUUUGGCAUCGUAAAUAGGCUUGACUAUGCCUAAUCGCUCCACGGGCUUAUUGCUUCUUGACAGGCCCUAUCCUUUUUCCAACUUUGCCGUUUUAAGGCUCUCAUUUUCCACGUAAACUACAGUGUGCUUUUAUCUAACAAAGCCCUCAAAGUCUGUUGCUUUUAUGUCCUUAUUGAUUGAUAGCUGGGAUUUUCGCAGCAACUAAACCUUAAAAUCUGGCUGAACUACAAAUGUAUAUAUUUUUACUGGUGUCGGUAGUAGUUGUGUGUUUAGAUAUAGAGUAAGUGUGGCGUAUAAUAUUGGGAAGCGCGACCACUUCUGUUACUAACAAUAGCUCCUGAGUACGCUGACUGAAAUUCAAGACCCUUCACCAACUUCGACGCAGCUGCCUCCUCUGAAAUAGAAUAUAUGAUAAAAAAAUAUUUUUCACAAGUCAGCGCAAUUUUUCACACCUGCGGAUAUUUCUGCCUUUUAGACGAUGGUCGUACGAAACCAGUGCCAAGGAAACAAACAGCGAACCCAGAUGCUCACACCACCGGUGAAAAUACAUGCCUUAUACGAGCCACUCUAGGCAAAAAGAAACUCAGUACUGUCGUAAGUUUUCCCUGAAUCGCUGUGUAAGGGUUACUUGUGAUGCUGUCUAAAAUUCCUGGCGUAACUUAACGGUUUGAUCAGAAUCCUGGCCGUGGAAGGUCUAAGAACGGGCUACUGCAUCGCAUUCUCUAUUUAUAUCCAAUCACCGCAUAGCCAUUUUGCACGAUAAUGUCGGCGGAAAUAGUGGUAAUCCAUAAAGUUUCUAUUUCUGCACUUUGAACCAGGGAUUUAGAAUUUUCCGAUUCUCAUCAAUGAAUUUACAAAAAUCACAGUAACUCAUCCUUUCACCCCCCUCACUAAAGCCUUAAAAAGGCCACUUACCGGAUAUAAGUCGAGUUUAUCAGUGAUAAGAACAGUGCUGCUCGCAUCAAGAGUCCACCGGGUCCGCCCAAGUAAUACAACUUACUUCUGGCUUCAGGUUUUUAUGAAAUAAUUUGAAAACUCAGAUCACUCUCGAAUCCAUUGUUUGUAAAUUUAUCGCUGAUUAUUUUACUAUUUGGACUAGCUAAAGAGUUUCUGUUUCAAGGAACGCUCAGCUUUGCGAUGGCUAAAAUGUCUAGUUUUGUAGUGCUUCUUGAAAUUCAAGUGAUAGUAAUUUGCCGUAUCAUACUGGUGUUUUUGUCAUGAAGCAAAAGCUCUUUUUUAAACAACGCGAACUCUAGCAAACUGCAUACCUUUCAUAGAUAUGAACUUAGAUACGAAGUAGCCUGUUGUUGUAAUGUCCUACAGUCGACGAUUAAAGAGAUGAUUGGCCAAACCAUCGCAGUAAUAACAAUACAGUGCAUCCCCCUCUUGCCGGGUGCGCACGGGCUUGCUUGUCUCAUAUUGAGAAUUCGCGGCUCAUUAUGAAGUUCGUCAAGCUUGUUAGACCAAGUAUUUCCGUGCGGCCUCUUGUGCUAUGGUUCACAUCCCCUCCUGCGCACGGGCUUGCUUGCUUCACAGUUCCUUUUGAAGCUCGUUAAGCUUGUUGGAUCGAGUAUCUCCGUGGAUUCUAUGGAGUCUUGUUUGGCCUCUUGUGCUAUUGUUCACAUUCUUCAACACUCACAGGCCACCGCACGCUUUACCUUUCGACUUGAUUCCCAACGUCGCGUAAGAAAAUAUAUUCAUUGUGCUCUUAUGUCAUUUAAACACGGACGGUCGUCAAGUAAUGAAGUGUACAAUCACCUUUGGGCGCAGGACUUAAUCUCGCACUAUAUUUCGUGAAUGUAAACCUGCAUAACUACUACGACCUUAACCGUCAUGCACCUUUCGCUGCAUAUGGGUCUUAUCGAUUGGGCCUAAGAUUCGGGAAAUAUUUAUGUCUGUGUUCGAGAACCCUAGUGAGUUUUUUUCCGACAGUACCCACGCUGUCAUGUUUGCCGACUAUCGAAAAGCCGUGAGAAAUUUACUAUUAAGCGGCUUCUGUCGUAAUGUACAAGCAAGGCCCCCGAAUACCCCCUCUGUCUAUUCGAGGAAGUGUGGUCUGUCACUGAUUCGAUUAAACUCCACCGCAAAGCCUUAGGGGCAAGAGAACCUACUUAGCAUUCAUCAUAUCAGCUUUUCAAUUUAACACCACGGCGUAGGCGUCAGUUCACACAAGGAUUUCGAUAGGUAACUUCACAGGUAAGAGCUCCUUCAGACUGACAGACUGACUGGUCAGCACAUUUGAGACGACACCCUUCCACCAUAUUACCAACAGGAGACGGCCCCGGUCGAGCGCACGGUUCCACGUCGGAGACGUGAUUCGUCGGCCAAGGCCACAGUGUUUAAAAUACAUUUUUUUCCAAGUGGACGGGUCGCACAUGCCUGGUUUCGCAUAUGUGUCAUGUAACUACUUUGUACUUCCUCCACCCUGAAAUCCAUGCCUUUUUCUGACUGCUCGAGCAAUUACGAAGACACCUCCGAGACCAACACUGCAUGCUACUCGCGAACUGUGUCCUCCAAUCGAUUUUCUACUUUCGUCCUUUUCGCUGCCGAUGGAUAUUUUCGGCAGAUCUCUUGCUCCGACCAGGACUGCCUUAGCUUUGUCAUGUCCCUAAAGGCGCCUAAACGGUUCAGGUUAGCAAGACUCUUCACCCCGUUGUUGGUUGGGUCAAUGCUUCGGUGUUUGUGACAUUCUGGGUUGUCUCACCGGUCCACUGUUCCAGACUCCAUAUUAUACUGUCUAUGAGGGCUGUUAUAAUCAUUUCAACGGACAGUUUAACAUUCGGGUUUAGGAAAAUUAAGAGGGCGUUCGAUCAUCAGGGCGGUGUGCUGGUCUGAGCUUUCGGGCGCGUGUGGAAAUCUAGCAUUGAGCACUGUGCGAGAGCAAUGACGAAUGGGCGUGUCAAUCGUCUGCGACUUUGUCUAAGAACUGGGUCGCGGCGUCUGGCCCUCAGCGUAACGGUAGCAGAUUGAUGUGCCGGUUUGUGGAUCUGUUGUGGAAGGUGCAGGUUCCACACUGUGUACACCCUGUUCGUUUUUAUCUGCAUAUUCCAAUUCAUGGCCAGCUUCCAGAGUGUGUGCACAACUCAGGCUCAUUUGGUCGUCUCGCAUCCGCCCCUCUAGUUUGUGUCCAACUAUGCUCGGUUUCAUGCUCCUGUUGUCUGACUUACAUUCUUUCGUGGUUUCCUUAUUUAGGGGUUUCAAACUGGUGGUUAAAACCAUCCCUAGGGUUUUUCCUGGAUGACUUGGGGUGUUCUCGCGUUGUGACGGCGAGUGUGGCUUGUGUGUUUUAUGUGAGAAUCUUCACUCAGGCUGCGGCUGUCGGAGACUCCCACGCCACAUUUGACCGUAAGGGGGGGGGGAGGCUGUCCAAACGGUUGGCACAUGCGAUCCGUGGAAGCUUUCGAACACUGCCGAAAAUUCUGCAUACGACAUUGUCGCGGCUUCCAAUGCCUUCUGGCAAAGAUAUGGCCUUAAAACACGUAGAACUAUCCACUUAUUUAAACUGACCGGCGGUAGUGUCUUAUUCUAGUCGGAGGUGCAACCUGACAGUACUUUGGUUUCCGUUACGUUUAUGGGUAAAUAGACCGAUUUUGCCGCCUCUUUCGCCCAAGGUGCUGCAGUCUCUAGGUUGUCAUACUUCCUCCCCGGACGGGACGAGAUCGAGGGAGACAUGGCGCGCCAGAGGAGCUCACCACCAAGCCACCUCAUUUCACUUCCCAUUUGCCGUCCCAACCGGCAGCCCUGACUGAUUCUUUUGCUUCGCGAUUUCCCCCCCCCCCUACUGCUGAUAAAAGUGGGCUGUCUUUGUACAGAAAUAUUAUCACUUGAUCGUACACAGGAAUGCCAGCCUCCGUACCACAGGCGACUUUGCGCUAAGUUUCAGAGAGAGUAAAUAUUUCCUUGUCCUAACGUAAGCUCUAACACAGUCUGUAAUUUAAGCGCAUGAUCGCCUAUAGUACGGGUGUCCUUCUUCUCUUUCCAAACCUAUCAAUUCCAACCCCGAGCCCAUUCUUAUACUGUGUAAUAAUUUUUAUUUUCUGUUUUGUUUUCUUUCUGAAAAAACCGACUGUUUAUUUUGAUUUUUGCAGGUCCACCAAAAAGACAUGAACCGUUUUAAUCAGGCCUAUGCAAACGUCCUAAAAGCCAACCUUGACGGUUUGAAGAAGAGGGAUAAACGCGUCACCACGGCCGCCCCCUCGAAGGCGCCUGCGGGCGCGUCCAAGGCGACUAGCAAGACGCAGAAAUCACCGUCAGCUGGCGCCUCAGCCUCCGCAACCAGAUCUCCCUAA